AUGGGUUUCUAUCUCAGAUCAUGUGAACAUGGUGAAAAGGCUGAAAUGAAUGCCAGCAUUGGCCUGUAUGAGCCAUACCAAGAGAAGGGGAACUCAUCUGAAGCACCAACCAUUGAGAAGAAUGAUCCUGGUAAUACUUGGGAUGAUACAACUUUAUCAGUGGAACCUUCUUUAAGAGUUUCUACUUUACAAUAUGUCACCCCAGAGCAGAUACUUGAUUUAAUUAGGAAGUCGGGAAGAAAUAUUAUUGAAGUUGUGUCUAAUUUUUAUGAACACGAAACUGAGUUUUAUCAGCCAAACAAAAAAAAUAAAAUAAGUACUAAACUGGAAUCUUAGGGGUCUAAGCAAUCUAUGAUAACCAGCUUCUUCAGUAAACGAUUGCCUAAUGAAUUUCACUUGGAUGAGGUUGGCUCUAAGACUAAGGAAUCCAUUACAGAUGAGUAUCUGGUCCCAAAUGAUGCUACAGUACAAUAUGAAGAAGAGAGAGAUCAAUUCAUUUGGAUAUUAAAUGGCAGUGAAUCAUUGAGAAGCUAUGCUGCUAGUAUCCUGCAAAAGACUAAAGGAGACAUUAAUGUGGCACUUGAUAUAUAUUAUCGUAAUGAAGAGGGUAGCCUUGGUGAAAAUGCUGAAAGAUUGGCUAUCUCUAUCGACUCGGCCCAGGCUAUGCAUUGUGCUAAUAACUGCUCAUCUCACCUGAAGAAUGUCUCACGAUAUAUGGAUAAUUCAUCCAUGCCUAGCUCAACAAGAGAACAUGUAAAUACCACUCUGGUAUCACUACCUCCGGAGAAAUACAAGCCUACUUAGAAGUUUAUAUUGUCAACCUUAUAGUUGAUAUUGUCAAAUUCCU